ACGAGCACAGAUUCAUAUACUAUUCGCCAGUUUUCUCGUGAAGUUCGCUCGAUCGCCACAGAAAGAUUGAUUGUUUCAUCGAUAAAAUUCCAACUUACCAAGAUGGAAUCCAUUGGUUUAUUCAAUUGCGCCAUCAGGGUAAAGGAGGAGCCCAGUGAUGCGGCACUUAUUGAAAACUAUAGCGAAAAGAUUGACGAGAAACCCGAUCUAAAUAAUUUUCAACAUUUACCAUUACAACAAGUAAAUGCUACUCAUCCUCUUCCAAAAUGUGGCAUUAAACUUGAAAAUGAACUCGAAGACGAAGUGAAAAUAAUCGUUGAAUGUGAAGAUGUCAAGCCUAAUGUGGAUUUAUUGACAGUUGGAAAAAUUGAGAAUUAUUCUCCAAAUCACUCUCAGAAUAUCAAAGUUAGUACAGAUUAUAAACUUCAAAAUACGAUAAAAGUAGAAACCGUAGGCGAAGUGAAACAAGAAAAUAUUGGCAAUGUUGCAGAAGAAUUGAGUUUGAAUCUCGAUUGUGAAGUUGUUAAACUGAAAAAGAUCAAAAAAAUUAGAAAAAAGUUUAAUAACAAACAUAACCUUAAAACACACAUUACAGUGCAUAAUGAUAAAAGCCUUGCAUGUGAUGUUUGCGGAAAGAAAUUCAAACAAAAGUGUCAUCUGAAAAUCCACGUCGAAUCGGCUUAUAAUAAAAUCGCACAUACAUGUGAUAUUUGUGGACAGAAAUUCAAACAAAAAAAUCAUCUGAAAAUCCACAUCGAAUCAGCGCAUGAUGGUAUCACCCAUGGAUGUGAUAUUUGUGGAAAGAAAUUCACACGAAAGUCUUAUCUGAAAAUCCACAUCGAAUCGGCUCAUCAUAAAAUCACACAUUCAUGCGAUAUUUGCGGUGAGAAAUUCAAAAAAAAGUCUUCUCUAAAAAUCCACAUUGAUAAGGUGCAUAAUGGUAUCAUACCUACAUGCGAUAUAUGUGGAAAGAAAUUCGCUAAUAAGAGCAAUCUUAAACUCCACAUCGAUUCGGUUCAUCGUAAAAUCCCUUAUGGCUGUGAUAUUUGUGGGAAGAAAUUCACACGAAAGUCUUCGUUGAAAAACCAUAUUGAAUCGGCUCAUAAUAAAAUCGCACAUGCAUGUAAUAUAUGCGGUGAGAAAUUCAAACAAAAGUCUUAUCUGAAAAUCCACAUUGAUAUAGGUGCAUAAUGGUAUCGUACCUACAUGCGAUAUAUGCGGAAAGACAUUCUCACAAAAAAGUGUUCUCAAAAGACACAUCGAUGGAGUCCAUAAUGGUAUCACAUAUUAGGCAAUGUCACCGAAUUUUCGUACACAUACAUUUACAGAGUUGCAUUAAAUAUAAAAAUUUCUGUAUAAUUCUAUAAAUUAAUCCAAUAGCAAUGACUAC